GGCAGCGCAUGGCCGUACCCCCGGCAGAGCUCGGCCCAUGCCCAGCGUAUCGCCAGGGCCAAGUGGGAAUUCUUCUACGGCUCCUUGGAUACCCCAAAGACAGGCUCCUCUGCCCCUUAUUCUGCUCCCCUGGCCGCGCCCCCCCAGAAGCCCGUCCACCCACUGCCCGCUGAGCCACCAGGGUCGGUGCCCGAGCACAGCCUGAGCCACGUGGAGGUGGAGAUAGAGACGUCUCCUCUGUUUUUUUUUUGCGAGACUGGGAUUAUAAGGAGGACGGUGAAGUACUCCGAGACAGACCUGGACACCGUGCCACUGAGGUGCUAUCGCGAAACCAACAUCGACGAUAUCCUGGCUGAGAAGGAGGAGGUGGAUUCGGCAAUUGAGAGCCAGAAGGACAGCGAGAGCAACCCAAGCUUUGGGGGCACCCCGGGCAGGAGGAACAGCACACCGGAGGAGCCCCCCGCCCUGGGCACCGGCUGUCUGAAGGAUGGGGUGCGGGACGGGGACUUGGAUGAGGACGAUGAGGUGUUUGAGGCAACGAGGAAGGAGAACAGGGAAAGGAUCAUGGACCGAGACACACAGGGUAUGCUCAAGUCUCCAGUGCCCUUUCUCCUAGGGCACAGCCUCUCCAAGGAUGGCAUGGACUCUUUCAGCAAGCAUUUUGAGAGCAUCAUGGAGUCCCAUCGAGCAAAAGGCACGUCUUACACCAGCCUGGACUCCAUUGACAUCCUCUCCUCCCCAGCCCGCACCCAUGGGACCUUUUUCACUUUUGACAUCCCAACCCUCACCCCAGAAAUACAGGGACAGAUCCGAGACAGCGCCAAGCUGAUCGAGGAGAACUUUGCUCCUCUGGCUCACUUGGAGCCGGACUCUGGGACCAGUUCAGCCACUGAUGCCCCCUGGACAGAGAGGGAGGAGGAGCAGGGGAGACGAAGGAAGGGUGCUCGGCACAGCCCUUGUCGCUCAGAGGACAGCUUUGGUACUCCCUUGGCCUCCAACAUGAGCGACCACCCGCUGAGCCAGCUGGUUUCAGACUCAGACUCGGAGAUGGACAGUGUGGAGCAGCUGGCCCUGGGCAGCACGGACACCCUCUCCAAUGGGCACAAGGCUGACCUGGAGGCUGCCAAACGCCUGGCCAAGAGGCUCUACAACCUGGAUGGCUUUAAAAAAGCAGAUGUGGCCCGUCACUUGGGGAAGAACAACGAGUUCAGCAAGAUGGUGGCAGGGGAAUAUCUGAAGUUCUUCGUGUUCACGGGGAUGAGCCUGGACCAGGCUCUCAGGUCCUUUCUAAAGGAGCUGGCCUUGAUGGGAGAAACACAAGAGCGAGAGCGAGUGCUGGCUCAUUUUUCUCAGCGCUAUUACGAGUGUAAUCCCAACGCCAUCUCUUCGGAGGACGGAGCCCACACACUCACCUGCGCCCUGAUGCUGCUAAACACAGAUCUGCAUGGACAUAACAUCGGGAAGAGAAUGUCCUGCUCUGACUUCAUUGGCAACUUGGAAGGGCUCAACGGAGGCACUGACUUCCCCAAGGAGCUGCUCAAG